AUGCAUAAUUAUUUAAACCAGUCAGUCUAUCUAUCUAUCUAUCUAUCUAUCUAUCUAUCUCAGCUUAAUUAUUUAAACCGGUCUUUCUGUCUGUGUGUCUCUAUUUAUUUUUCUAUCUAUGUUGCCUUGCCUAAAUAUUUUUCUCUUCGUUUCUUCUUUCUUUCUUUCUUUUUUUUUACACUCUCUUUUUCCUUUUCUUUUUACUGUUUUUUUUUCUCUUGUACAUAUCUUUGUAUUUUUCUUCUCUUUUGGACUCUCUCUUUUUCCUUUUAUACUGUGUCUCUUUCAAUUUUCUUCUUUUUCUUCACGCUUUCUUUUGCAGAUUCUCCGUUUUCGUCUUCUGAUGUCUUUCUUUUGCACUCUCUUACUCGCCUGACUUUUUUCUCUCUUUCAUUUACACUCUCUCUUUUACACUCUCUUUUUCCUUUAUCUUCUCUCUUUUACACUCUCUCAUUUUUAUUUUUCCUCCCUCUUUUUACAGUCUCUCUUUUUGCUUUUUCUUCUCUCUUUCUUUUAUACUCUCUCUUUUUCCUGUUUUUCUUCUCUCUUUCAUUUAAACUCUCUUUUACGCUCGUCUUUUCCUUCCUUCUUUCUUUCUUUCUUUCUUUCUUUCUUCUUCUCCCUUUUACACUCUCUCGUUUUUAUUUUCCUCCCUCUUUUUACAGUCUCUCUUUUUUUCUUUUUUUCUCUCUUUCUUUUACACUCUCUCUUUUUCCUGUUUUAUUUCAUUUAAACUCUCUUUUACACUCGCCUUUUCCUUAUUCUUUCUUCCUUCUCCCUUUUACAUUCUUUCAUUUUUAUUUUUCUUCCCUCUUUCUUUUACAGUCUCUCUUUUUCCUUUUUCUUCUCUCGUUCUUUUACACCCUCUCUUUUGCUUUUUUCUUCUUCUCUUUCAUUUACAGUGUCCCUUUUUCCUUUUUCUCCUUCUUUCUUUCUUUUUACAUUCUUUCUUUCCCCUCUCUUUCGUUUUAG